GAGAAUUAAACUGUUUAUGAUUUCUUUCGGAAUUUGUAGAUAUUCUAGCAAAAUACCACAUUGAUACGAGUCAAGCUAUUUGGUUGCAACAAAAAGAAAAAAAAAUAACGUAACGGUCGAAUGCGAUUAUUUUAUUACUCAACAGACAAGUAUUGCAUAAUGUUAUUUGAAGACUACAUUGAAAAUUAACCAAUAAGAGAAAUGAACUAAAGAACCAAUUAAGAAGAAUUUGACAGUGAACUAUAAGUUUCUAAUCUCGGAGAAUUUUUAUCGUAGCAAAGCUAAGACAAACUAAGCUAAAUCACCUUAGAAACCUCCGCCAAUCAAUAUCAUAAAAGCUUCCAUAUCACUGUUGCAUAACAUACGAUUUAGAUUUCUUGGUAUGUAUAUAUCGCGGCUGCGAAAAUUUUUGUUAUGAAGCACAUCAUAUAUAACAUAUCAUUUGCCCGUAUCUGCUUUCUCUUUAAUUUGUCUCUUGCAAAAUUCUAGCACAUAAUGCUACCAAUAUACAUCCUAAUUCUACUAUUCACAUACGUCCAAGCUGAAAACUACGUGGUCGCCCUCAAACAUACGGAAGACCUUGAAUCAUUCAAAAGCUAUGAUUUGCACCAGUACCCUCCCCAGCUCCAAGUAAUGAAACAUAUCAGCAAUUCAUACUCAAUAGGGAAUUUACUGGCAUUUCUGGGAAACUUUUCUGAGGAAAUGAUUGCCCGAUUAAAACGAUGUCCCAUGGUUGCUGAGAUAUCCCCCGACAUUGAAGUUUCCAUGUUUGAUAUUGAUCAGCAGCCAGAGGCACCAAGACAUUUAGCUCGCAUCAGUCGUAAACACAGAAUGAGACCCGGUAAAACUUAUCCUUAUGUAUUUGAUAAUAAUUAUUUGGGAACAAAGGUGAAUGCCUAUGUAAUUGAUCUGGGGGUGGACAUUGGACAUCCUGAAUUUCAAGGAAGAGCUCAAAUGGGAGUUGAUUUGACGAAGGAAGGUGCUGGUGAUCAAAAUGGACAUGGGACUCAUGUUGCAGGUUUGAUUGGUAGUUAUACAUACGGGGUGGCCAAAAAUGUCGAUAUUAUCGAAAUUAAAGCGUUGAAUGUAAGAGGUGCCGGAAGUUUAAGCACGAUUGUGGAAGCACUUGAGUUUGCUGUGAAUCAUCGUAGAACCAGUGGUAGACCCGGGGUAGCUAAUUUAUCCCUCGGUGCGUACAAAAAUACGGUGUUAAAUAAUAUGAUUGAAGAGGCUGUUAAGACUGGGUUGGUUAUAGUUGUAGCCGCAGGUAAUUCCAAUACCGAUGCAUGUCUUACCAGCCCUGCUAGUUCAAAACAUGCCAUUACAGUUGGGGCAAUUGAUGAUUAUAAUGAUUCCAUUGCCCAUUUUUCAAAUUGGGGUGAAUGCGUUGAUGUUUUUGCAAGCGGACAUCUGGUACAAAGUGCAAAUGCCCAUAAUCAUGACAAGUCGCAAGUUCUUUCAGGGACGUCAAUGGCAGCACCGAUAGUUUCUGGAUUGGUGGCUAACUUGUUAAGUGAAGGUUUUGGGCCAUUAGAAGUAAAGAAGAAAUUGAUCAGGUUGUCAACCAAGAAUCGAAUUCCUAAAUCGUCGUUAUUUUUACGAAAGAAAACACCUAAUAGAAUUGCAUACAAUGGAAUAAGUGAAAAGGUUUUGGAUUUAAUGGGAAGUGAUGGAUCCAGUGAUGGGUCAAGUGACGACGACGAAUAAUUUAUAAUAUAUAGGUGUACAUACUCACUCUGGAUUGUAUCUUGCCGGUAUGGCUGUUAAUAGUUUACGCUACCAGAUUUUUCUUUUAUUUUUAUUUUUUUU